AUGACAAAAGGCUUCGGGGUAAUAAAAUUUUACAAACAUCUAAAUUACCGGCAUUCCCAGCGACAAGAAGCGGAGGAGCAUUUACGGAAGGCACUCGAAGCCAUUGCAUCCGAACAAAACGCCUUCUCAGGCAAGGCCCAAGAUUGGCUUCGCGACUUAAGCAUCCUGACACACAAUUUUAGCUCUGAACAAUAUUGGAACUCAGUACGUGUGAGUGAGGAGCGAGAAACAACGAAAACAACGAAAGCCAUUUCAGCUGAAAAAGAAGAACAGCACGUCGUCCAUAUUAUGUCAAACGUCAUAAUCGAACAUGAUACUGCAAGUAGUUCACUACGAAACGUCGUUCAGGAGAGACUUGAGAAGCGUCGGGUGUCAUUUGAAACGCUGUCGAAUCCAAAGAAGAAAAAAUCAGAUUUCACUGUUGAUAUAUCGUUUGACGAGUAUAUCGAUGCCGUUAGCGCCAUUGAAACUGUUCGCGUCGACAAUGCUGCAGCGCAUACUGACCCGUCUUGGUGGGGAUUUCUAGAUUUUCGCGAGGAGGGCGUGCAUCCGAAUCUGAGUCUCCCCCGAGCGAAGCAAUUCCUUUCUGAGGAAGAGAUCAAUCGAUUGAUGGCAAUGGCUAGGCGUUCCAUUGAAGUAGCAGAAGAUAAGAUGGGAAGAUCAGCAAAAUCAUUCCUAGAUGCCUUAUCUCGUUCGGAUGUUGUUAGCCUGCGUGUACUUGCAAAGGAGCGAGGGACUCGUGGAUUAGCUGGGUUAUGUGCGCUGCUGGAAAAAGAGUCAGAAGCCAAUGAGGGUACAUUUGGCAACAAUCUGAAUAGAGAGCAAGUUCGAGAUUACCUAGCUUAUGUAAAUAUUGAGGAUGAUGAUACAAUGUACAUAGGAAAAUGUUUUGAGGAUGUAAACGCAUGGAUCUCCAGCUUUAAUGGACAAUGCCAGUCAGAGAGGACUAUAGAUAUGUUUGUGCUGGGGCCAUGUGCAAAGACGCCACGAACAGUUUUUUUAUACGGUGAUAACCACUCUGAUGCCGAUCGUGAGGACAAGACUGAACGUUCUGGAACUGAUCGUGUAGGAAAGUCAUGUGACUAUCUAUAUUGGAGUUCUCGUCGAGAAAUUGGGGUUGGGGAGAAUGCUGGUCCUAAACUUAAAGACCACCAUGAUGCAGCUAAGUCGAAAUUUAUUGAUGUAAUGAAGGUUGCGAAGUCCCAGCACAUCCAAUUCAAGACGCUUCUAAUCGAGCAAACCAUGCAAAAUCCUUUGCCCAAGAGUGUUCAGGAAACUGGUGACCUCUAUGGCAUUUAUGAAUGGGCAUCAGAAGAUCUGCCCAUCAAGGACACUGAUGUUGGUGAAGUAAUCCUCCUCUGUAAACGAUUUUUGAUUCACAGGUAUCUCAUAGACAAUGCAGGACGAACUCUAGAUAUUUUGUCAAAAAAAACAAAACUUUUUAGAGAUGAGAUGGCACGGGAGGAUUCUCCCUCUACGGUGCAACUGGAACAUUUACGAACACCUUUGAAAAAAAA